AUGUGGAGCGGGUCAGAUUUAGUUAGGGUGCUCCUUGGGGCGAUCCUGAUGGCAGUUUCUUCAUCAGCACUAGGCAACGUUUCAAAAAACGUUGUCUGCUACCAGGGUACUUGGUCUGUUUAUCGACCUGGUCUGGGAAAGUUUGGUGUGGAGGAUAUCGAUCCCUUUCUGUGCACCCACCUGAUUUACGCAUUUCUUGGCAUUGAGGAGACUGGUGACCUGAGGGUUAUUGACGCUUAUCUGGAUCUCGAGGAUAACAGUGGACGCGGAAAUAUCAAGAGCUUCAACGCCCUUAAGCUAAAGAAUCCCGUGUUGAAGACUCUAGUGGCCGUGGGUGGUUGGAACGAGGGUUCCAAAAGAUUCUCUAUCGUGGCCAAUGAUCCCUUAAAGCGUGCUAAGUUUGUGGACGACGUAGUAAGGUUCCUGCAGCGCCAUGGAUUCGACGGGCUAGAUUUGGACUGGGAGUAUCCCGACCAGCGUCAUAGUCUGGAAAACGGGGAUCGGUUAAACUACAUAACAUUUUUAAAGGAGCUAAAAGAGGGCCUGGAACCCUUCGGGUUUACUCUCAGUGCUGCUGUGGGGUCCGCCCAGUUCUCCGCUGAAAUAUCCUACGACAUUCCGGCCAUUGUUCCGUAUCUGGACUUCAUCAAUGUGAUGGCCUAUGACCUGCACGGACCUUGGGACAAGGUGGUAGGCAUCAAUGCCCCUCUAUAUGCAGCUGAAAGUGAUUCCAGCGACUCAACCGGACGGCAGCAGCAGCUUAACGUGGACGCUAUUAUUAAGUACUGGCUUUUGGCAGGUGCCCCUCCAGAAAAACUGGUCCUCGGAGUUCCUUUCUAUGGACGCACCUUUACGUUGACAACCGCUGAAGGCAAUCUUCCAGGAUCCCCCCAUAUCGGCAAGGGUAUUGCCGGCAAGUACUCCCGAGAGCCUGGUGUCUUGGGCUACAACGAAUUGUGCGAGCUCAUGCAGCAGGAGGAGUGGAUUAAGAGGUGGGAGCCGACGCAGCAGGUACCCUACGCUUUCAGGGAGCGCCAGUGGGUGGGUUACGAGGAUCCGCGUAGCUUGGCGCUGAAAGCACAGUAUGUGAUGGACCAUCACCUAGGUGGUAUAAUGAUCUGGUCCCUGGAAUCAGAUGACUUCCAUGGCACUUGUGGCCAGCAACCCUACCCCCUUCUUCACGAAAUCAACCGUGUGCUCUUUGGCGACAGUACACCAACUGGCUUGACCACUGAAUCGAACAAGGACAAGCCCAAUGAAGGUUUCAGUUGUCCCGUUGAUGCCCCUGAAGGAUAUGUUCGCGAUCCGGACAACUGCUCGAAUUUCUACUAUUGCAGUGGAGGCACGACUCACAGUUUUGAGUGCCCCAGUGGAUUGAGCUUUGACCUAAACACAAAAAGCUGCAAUUACUCCAGUUCAGUAAAGUGUUAACCUUUAUUUGUCCAACAGAAA